GCGGUGGUGCGAGAAGACCGCGCCACGAAGAGGGUGCGAGUGACAAUCGAGCAUCCUCGGGAUCCUGGACAUUGGCAGAAAGAGAGAAAGAGCGAUAUUAAAAUUAAAAGAAAGAUACCAGAUAAUUGAAUAGAUUCCCUUUUUUUUUUUGAAUCGGUCCAAGUGUACGAGGAAUUAUAAAAUCAUUUUUGAAUAUCUGAAUUUGGCAAUUACUCGUGAGGGUAACAAAAAAAGAAGGAGCGGAUCAGAUUGGCGACACGACCACCAGGACAGCACUUAACGACCCACGCAGAAUAGAAAGAGACCCAAUAGAAGAGCGACGAGUGCCGAGAUGUCGGCGCUAAGUGCCGGGAUCCAUCGACCCGGGAUUAUCCUGUCGCUGCUGAUUGUGCUUGUGAUCCACCUCGCGCACUCCGCGCCAGUAUACGAUCAGGAUACCACAGAAGUCGCAGAGUACGAUGCAGGUGCCAGCGGUUGCUAUUACAAUUUUCAACGCUAUCAAGAAGGCGACAGAAUUAUAACGAACGAACCAUGUCUCAAUUGCACGUGCCACAAUCGGAUGCUCAUGUGUUACCUCAGGGUGUGUCCCUUCACGAAGGCUAUUGGUCAGGAUUGCACGGUUGAGAAACGACCUGAUCAAUGCUGUCCAGUUAUCACGUGUCCCGAGGUACCCGUUCAACUUUUGACAUCUACUACCAAUACACCGUCCACGUCAGGAUCCACCGAACUCGGUUUCCAUGAUAACUAUGGAUGCAGCAUCAAUGAAAGAUUCUACGCUGAUGGCGCUCAGCUUCCGACCGAUCCUAAUAAUCCUUGUGAAUUGUGCUACUGCAUCAGGAACAGGACCACGUGUGUCAUGCAAGAGUGCACACUACGUGUUGCAGGAUGCAGACCAGUUUAUCAACCUGGAGUAUGUUGCCCAGUCAAGUACAAUUGUGAAUAUGACGAAGAAGACCAAACCACGGUUGGACCAACUCCAGGUCUGUUGAUGACCACGACCAUAGCACCAGGAAUCGCAGCACCGCAGUGCAGCCACGAAGGGAAAUUGUAUGAGGAUGGUGAACUGAUCUACUCGACCCAACCUUGCCAGCACUGUUAUUGCUUCCGCGGAGACAUUGCAUGUGCAGUUCAGGACUGCGGAACGCCUAUGAAGACUCAAGGCAAAAACUGUACUGCUGUACCACCGCCGGAGGGAGAGUGCUGCCCGACCACGUACCAGUGCGAGGAUGACGAGAAUGUGCCUACUAAGUUGUGGGAAGGAGACGAUCAACAGAUAGAGGAUCAUCAGGACAAGGUUCCUCUUCCUGAACAGGAUGAGAAUGCUAUUUUGCCCACUCAGGCUACUUUACCUGACCAGGAUGAUACUCAGCAGAUCAGUCAGGUCAAUGAAUCCUUCCCUGGUGCCGAUAACAUCAUACCUGAAGAGCAUCAGGAUAUUGAACACAUUACCGAGGGUAGUAUCGAACAUGUUCCUGUUACUGAAGGUCAUGAAGUUCCUGCUUCUGAAACUUCUGCGCCAUUGGAUGAGAAUGCAGUUCCUGAACAACAGCCUACUCGUGCCACAAUAGAUGAACUAGAGGUUCAAGUUCCUGAAGGACAAACUGAAACUAGCGUUGAGAGGAAACCUGAGGAGGAAGUUGAAAGGGUUGAGAAACCAGUUGAAGUAGAGGAGCACACUCCAGAGGUUCCCGAGAAAGAAGGCUCUACGGAGGAGUCUACUGUUGAGAAGAAGCCAGUUGGAGACGGAGAGAAACCGGAGGAUCAUUUUACUGGAACACCCCCUACUACAGAAUCGCAGACUGAAGCUAGUGAACUUGAACAAGGCACUGAAGCACCUGUUGUUGCUGAAGAAGAACAGACUCAAGUACCAAAGAUUGCUGAGGGACCGGGAGCUACUGAAGCCGGGGUUGUCGAAGAGAAGCCAGCGGAGGAAGAGAUUUCUACCGAGGCAGGAAUUUCUCAAGAAGAACAGAAACCAGUUGAAAUUCCAGCUGUCGAAGAGAAUUUGACUGAAGCAUCUGUGGAGGAACAGCCUACUGAAGAACCUGUUCAGAAGACUGAUAUAUUGCCUACUGAAUCUACAUCAGAAGGACAGAAACCUGUUGAACCCACGCUUGAACAAGAAGUCACUGAGAAAUCGCCAGAAGCUGUGACGGAGGGCGUUACGGAAUCUGCUGCUGAGGAAGAGAAGAUACCGACCAAGACUGUCAGCAGUGAAGAACAUGCUGAGGGUUCCGGAGAAACACCUAAAGAAGUUCCUGAGCAACAGACAGAAGUCGUCGAAGAGAAACCAACCGAGGCACCAAUUGAUGACGAACUUGCAACAGCAGGACCUGUCGUUAUUGUAGAGAAGCCAGAAGAAAGUCCUGCAGUUUCUGAAGAACUUCCAACUGAAGGACCCGCUGGAAUUGAACUUCCGACAAAAUCUGGAAUCAGUCAGGAACAGACAGAAUCACCAUUAGAAGGAUCAACUGGUAUUUCGGUUCCGGAACGUGUACCAGUUCAUAAGGCUGAGGAUAAGGAUGCAAUCAAUGAAGUUCAGGUUACCGAAGGAUAUAGUGACACUGAGCAUCCGGAAUUACAUGUUCCUCAUAGCCAGAUAGCUGGUGAACAACCCUCCACGUAUCUUCCAUCGGAAGAGUCAACUUCUGACGGAGCUGAUACUGAAGUAACAGAGAAACCCAUCUCACCAGUUGAAGCUGGAGCACCAGAUCAACAAGAGCAAGUCGAACCCGAGAGUCACGGUGUUGUUCCUGAAGUUAAGCCUGAACUAUCUGUUACAGAAAUUGAUGUAGAGACACCUGCAACUACAGACUCUCAUAUCCAACACAUUUCUCACAGCACUGAAAGAAUUCCUGAACACGGUGAAGUUCCUGAAGAGAAGCCAAUUGACGAGAAACUAGCUGGUGAAAAUGUACCUACCAAGGGACCAAUUGACCAGGAAAGUGAAGCUGGCCCAUCUACCGAAACUACUGCUCAAGAACCUUCCGAGGAACAGAAACCAGUUACCGAGGACAGAGUUGAGGAGGCUGUUACAGAAUCAGUUCCUGCUGAAAUAUCCACUGAAGCAUCUGUUGUAGAAGAGAAACCUACUGAAACUAAAGUACCAGAAAGAGAUUCGGUAAUUAAGACAGGAGCAGAGGCUACUUCCGCUGAAGAGAUUCCAACUGAGUCUUCGAUUACUGAAGAGAAACCAGCAGAACCAAGUGAAGAGGUAAAACCAUCAAGUGAAGAACAUCCCACACGACCAGAUGAGGAACAACAAACCAAAGAACCCUCCGAAGAACAAGUUGCUACUGAAGUACCAACUAAGGCAGUUGCCGAGGAAAAACCCGUUGAAAUUCCAACUUCCGGUGAAGAGCAAGUAACUAAAGGACCUGCUGAGAGUGAAGAAAAGGCAACCACAGAACCUACAGCAGAACAAGAAUCUACUGAAGGACAUGGAGCACUUGUGACGGAGGCGGCUGUCUCUCAGGAGCAGCCAGAUGUAGGAUCUCCUCAAUUGCACGAAACGGAAAAUCCACUUGAAGAGGAAAAACCAACUGAAUCUGUUGAGGGAUCUACUGCAGGUACCUUGGCCGUAGAAGUUGAACCUACCAAGGUUGCGGAAGAACCUUCUAUCCAGGAAGAAAAGCAACCUACUGGAGAAAUCGAACCGACUAAAUCAGCUAUUGAAUCAGAACACACAGAAGCGCCAGUUGUGGAAGAAAAACCAAUUGAGACUGCUGAUGAAGAGGAGCAGAAGCCUACCGAAGACUCUGUUGCUCAGACAGAGGAGGGGCAACAAACUCAACGGCCUCUCAUAGAGGAACAAUCAAGUGUAGAACCUGUCGAAGAAUCAGUAGAAGAACAUUUGACCGAGGGAUCCAUCGCGGAGGAACACAUUCCUACUGCACCUUCGGUUUCGACUGACGAGAAACCGGAAGAAGUUGAUGCAGAGCAAAAACCAGUUAAGGAAGAAAUCAAACCUACGAAGUCUGCUACUGGUGUUGACGAUGAGGUUCAGAAACCUGAAAUUGUAACUGAAGAAAAACCAACUGAAUCUACGGAAGAGGGAGAGAAGUCAACAGAAGUUCCUGCAGUUCAAGAAGGAAUUUCCGAAGGUCCCAUUCAAGAGCAAGAACCUACUAAAGUUGCUACUGAAUCAGAAACGCCAUCUUCGCCUGCUACAGAAUCCACUGAGGCAUCAAUUUCCGAAGUGAAACCAGAGAAAGCUCCUGCAGAAGAGAAGCCCGAGAAAUCGGAAACUCCUGAGGAACCUAGUGCAACUCCAAGUGUGCAAGAAACUCCUCAGGAACCAAGUGGAACUCCAGCUGUCCAGGAAACUCCUGAAGAACCAAGUGCAACUCCAAGUGUUCAAGAAUCUCCUGAGGAACCAAGUGGAACUCCAGCUGCUCAGGAAACUCCUGAACAACCAAGUGCAACUCCAAGUGUACAAGAAACACCCGAGGAACCAAGUGCAACUCCAGCUGUGCAUGAAAUUCCUGAGGAACCAAGUGCAACACCAACUGUGCAGGAAAUUCCUGAAGAACCAAGCGCAACUCCAAGUGUGCAAGAAUCUCCUGAGGAACCAAGUGAAACUCCAGCUUCUCAGGAAACUCCUGAACAACCAAGCGCAACCCCAAGUGUGCAAGAAAGUCCCGAGGAACCAAGUGCAACUCCAGGUGUGCAAGAAGUUCCCAUAAAACCAAGUGCAACUCCAGGUGUGCAGGAAAUUCCCGAAGAACCAAGUGCAACGCCAGCUGUGCAGGAAACUCCUGAGGAGCCAAGUGCAACUCCAACUGUGCAAGAACUUCCUGAAGAAUCAACCGCUACUCCAGCUGUACAGGAAACGCCUGAAGAACCAAGCGGAACUCCAGAUGCACAGAAAAAGCAUGAGGAGCCAAGCGUAACUUCCACUGCAGAAGAAAUUCCUGCAGAACCAAAUGUAACAUCAGCUGUGCAGGAAGUUCCUGAGGAACCAAGUGCAACUCCAGCUGUGCAAGAUCUUUCUGAACAAUCAACUGAAAUUCCGGUUGUACCUGAGAUUUCUAAGGAACAAAGUGGAACUCUAGCAGAAACGCCCGAUGUGCCGGUUAUACCUUCCAUUGAUGAUCAGAAACCUGAGACUAUACCCAGUGCUGAAGAAAAGCCAGUUGAACCCUCAGUUUCUGAAAAGAAACCUACAGAUGUUUCGUCUGAAGAGAAACCAAUUGAACACGAAGAGGGUACAACAGUCUCGGCAGAAAAGGAGGAGAUCCCCACGGAAGGUAUUCAAGUCGAAGAUCAUUCAGAAAUACCAGCAACAGAGGGAGCCAUCACUGACGAAAAGCCAAUUGAGGGUCAACAAGAAGUUUCAGUUCCUGAAGAGAAACCAAUUGAAGUUCACAUUGGAACAUCCGAGAAAACUCCUGAACUUCCAGUACCUGACGGAAAACCAACAAAAUCUGACCAACAACCUCAAGCAGCAAUUACCGGGGAACAACCAAGUGAGCCAACUCCUACUGGGGGUGAGAAAAUCGUACCUGAAGUACCACUAGAAGAAACAGUGCCAACUGAACCACUUGCACCUGGCCAACCACAAAAACCAACUAUCGAAGGGGAGCAAAAAGUUGAAGAACCUGGUCUUGAGGUUUCAGGUCCAGUUGAUGCUCGUCCUUCAGGAAUUCCUGGGGAAGGCAAUUGUCUCGUCGAUGGUCAAUCUUAUGGCAAUAAUUCAAUCAUUCCACCAUCGAAUCUUUGUCAAAUCAGUUGUCGCUGCGUCAGCAGUAUCGUUCAAUGCGAUCUUGUUAAAUGUUCUCCCCCACCAACUCACUUAUCUAAUUGCAUGCCAAUUCAUGCUGGUCCUGAAUCGUGUUGCCCUAUGUACACAUGUGAAUCUGCGCCUACUGUUGAAUUGGAAUCAGAUAGCCAAAUGUCCGAACAUCAUACUCCAGCAUAUGAGCAACAAACAGUUGGUCCAGUUGUUCCUGGAGAGGAGUUACCAGCUUCUCCUGUUUCUCCUGUCGAAGGUGUCACAGUACCUGAAAAGGGUGUUGAGCUACCCGUACAGCCUGAGCAUCCUGAGGAACCUAUUACUCCUGUUUCUCCUGCAGAGGAGACUCCACUCAAAGGUCAUGUACCUGAGACGCCAGCUGUGGAAGAACCUACCGUCCCUGCUGUUCCUGAAAAACUGCCUGAAGUGCCUGCUACUGCUGAAGAACCUGCAACUCCUGUUCCUGAGGAAAAGCCAACUUCUGAAACUAUAUCUAUUUCUGGAGAGGAAGCUGAGACUGGAAAACCUCAAGAGCAGACGACUGAACCUAUCUCUUCUAUUGAAGAACAGACUAGUGGAAUAGUUGAGCCUGCUGAAAAGGAACCAACUGAUGAACAGCAAACAGUGGGACCAGUGAAAAGUGUUCCUGAAAUAGAUCACACUCCUAAACCAUCUGAUGAAGACGUUGCUAUACCGGAGACCGAUCAGAUACAAGGACCUCACAAGGAACCAGCUGCAGAAGGACACCCUGAAAUACCAGUUAUAUCAUCCGAAAUUCCAGAAUCAGCAGAAGAACACACAGCUGGUCCGAUUGAGGAGCAACAGACUGCUGAACCAGUUGAAGCAGUUGAACAAGAAACUCCAGCUUCCAUUCUGCCCACAGGAGAAAAGAUACCCGAAGAAGGUACUGAAAAACCAACAAGCGAAGAAGAGGCACCGCAGACUGCAACUCCGGAAAUAUCUGGCAAAGAACCCUCAGUUGAAGAGCGUCCAAAUGAGCCUGGCAGUCCUGAAGAGGGUCAGAUUGUAGUUUCCAUUGGUGAACCAGUACCUGCCGUUGAUGAAGUAGUUACUCCCAUUGAGGAGAAACCUGUUGAACCGACACCAGAGCAACCAACUGAAAAGAUUCCGACCAAAACAGUUGAGACUGGUAAGGAUGAAGAAAAUCUGUCUCAGAGUACGGAACCCUCAAGUAUUGGUAGCGAACCGAAACAACCUAUUGAACCUAUUGCACCUGAAGUCGAGGAACAUACAGCAGAGCCAGUGGAAAAGGAAAUUCUUGCACCGUCGACCACGCCAGAAGGAAUUUCUGAACAGGAAGUUGAGUUACCAACUAAGGCCGUUCAUCCUCAGGAGCCUGAAACAGUCAUAUCGGAAGAACCCGUAGUACCUGUUAAAGGUGAACAUCCUGGUAGUACAGUUGCAUCUGUCGAAAUUGAAACCGCUAGUCCCGAUUCUGCUGAAGUAGAAACUGCUAAACCAACUGCGGAAGAACCUCUCGAGCAUCCAUCUACUCCAACAAGUGAAAUGAAAACAGAUGCAGUUGUUACAACCGAAGGUGAAACUAAGAAACCUGCAGAUGAAGAAGUCACUAAACCAGCACCAGAAACUGUUCCUGAGGAACAGCCUAGUGCACCCGUUGAACCUGCCUCACCAAGUGAACCGACAAUUUCUACUGAAGAACAGCCUGAACAAGAGACAACCGAUUCGACUGGAUCGGUUAAGGGACAGUCUACUGAAUCUGCUAUUCCUGUUGAAGAGCAAUCUUUACAACCCACAUUGGUUGAAAAACCAGCCGCAGCUGGAGAAGAACAGACUGUACAACCAUCAGUUGAAGGUGAAACCCCCGCACCAGUUGAACAAGAAACCUCUCCUCCUGUCGUGGCAGUUGAAAUUCAAACAUCCGCACCUGCAGUUUCCGUUGAAGAGCAAACAUCAGCUCCGGUUGAAGGAGAGACGACUGCGCCUGCUAUUCCUGUUGAAGAGGAAGCUUCAGUUCCAGUUGAAGGAGAGGCUCCAGCACCUUCUGUACAUGUUAAACCAAUUGAAGGAGAAGCUACUACGCCAGCUGCAUCAAUUGAACAAGAUACUUCUGCACCUGCCGUACCGUCUGAGGAACAAGCUGCUGUACCUGUUAAAUCUGCUGCUCCUGGUGAAGCUGAAACACCUAUUGCACAGACAACGGAACAAGCAAUUGGAGCAGUUAAGGGAAAACCAGAUGAAUCUGAAACUCCUGCUCCAAUUCCUACUCCCGUUGAUGAGCUACCUAAGGAACAAUUACCUGAAGAGUCUGAAAAACCGGUUCAAGAGACUCCAGUUUCUGCCCCUGGAACAGUGGAAACAAGUAGCGAAUUACCAAUUGAAAUCAAACCAGAUCAAGACAUUAAACCAAUUGAAGGUGAACCAACUGGUGCUUCUAUUGAUGAACAGCCGGCUAAACCAAUUUCUCCAGCUACGGAGGAGACUAGUACACCUGUAGAUGAAGAAGAAGUUCCUAUUGAACAGCAGACACAACAACCUGUUGAAGCAGAAGUCACAAGUUCUGAGGACCAAUCGAAAAAACCAGUUGAGCCAACUAUUAAUGAACCAACUGAAGGAUCGGUACCUGUUAAACCUGCUGAGGAACCUGCAGAAAAACCAAAUGAAUCAGUUGCAGAAGAAAAACCAACUAAAGAAGCUACCCCAGGAACUGCAGGUUCUGUUGAGGAAGAGAAGCCUACCAAAGCUGCAAUUCCUGAAGAAAAACCUGUAGAAGAAGAGGAAACUACGAAAGAGAAGCCUGCGGACGAAAAACCUGUAGAAGAGAAGCCUGCAGAAGAAGAGAAACCAGUAGAGGAAACACCUACAGAAGGACAGAAAAUUGCAGAAGAGAAACCUACUGAAGAAGAGAAGCCUGCGGAAGAGAAACCUGCAGAAGAAGAGAAACCAAUAGAACAAGAGAAGCCAGUAGAAGAAACGCCUACAGAAGGACAGAAAAUUGCAGAAGUGAAACCUGUUGAAGAAGAGAAGCCCGCAGAAGAAGAACAACCUGUAGAACAAGAGAAACCAGUAGAAGAAACGCCUACAGAAGGGCAGAAAACUGCAGAAGAGAAACCUGCUGAAGAAGAGAAGCCUGCCGAAGAGAAGCCUGCAGAAGAAGAACAACCUGUAGAAAAAGAGAAACCAGUAGAAGAAACGCCUACUGAAGGUCAGAAAAUUGCAGAAGACAAACCUGUUAUAGAAGAGAAGCCUGCGGAAGAAGAACAACCUGUGGAACAAGAGAAACCAGUAGAAGAAACGCCUGCAGAAGGACAGAAAAUUGCAGAAGAGAAACCUACUGAAGAAGAGAAGCCUGCGGAAGAGAAACCUGCAGAAGAAGAGAAACCAGUAGAAGAAACGCCUACUGAAGGUCAGAAAAUUACAGAAGACAAACCUGUUAUAGAAGAGAAGCCUGCGGAAGAAGAACAACCUGUGGAACAAGAGAAACCAGUAGAAGAAACGCCUGCAGAAGGACAGAAAAUUGCAGAAGAGAAACCUGCUGAAGAAGAGAAGCCUGCCGAAGAGAAGCCUGCAGAAGAAGAACAACCUGUAGAAAAAGAGAAACCAGUAGAAGAAACGCCUACUGAAGGUCAGAAAAUUACAGAAGACAAACCUGUUAUAGAAGAGAAGCCUGCGGAAGAAGAACAACCUGUGGAACAAGAGAAACCAGUAGAAGAAACGCCUGCAGAAGGACAGAAAAUUGCAGAAGAGAAACCUGCUGAAGAAGAGAAGCCUGCGGAAGAAGAACAACCUGCAGAAGAAGAGAAACCAGUAGAAGAAACACCUACAGAAGGACAGAAAAUUGCAGAAGAGAAACCUGCUGAAGAAGAGAAGCCUGCGGAAGAGAAGCCUGCAGAAGAAGAACAACCUGCAGAAGAAGAGAAACCAGUAGAAGAAACACCUACAGAAGGACAGAAAAUUGCAGAAGAGAAACCUGCUGAAGAAGAGAAGCCUGCGGAAGAAGAACAACCUGCAGAAGAAGAGAAACCAGUAGAAGAAACGCCUACUGAAGGUCAGAAAAUUGCAGAAGACAAACCUGUUAUAGAAGAGAAACCUGCUGAAGAAGAGAAGCCUACAGUCGAAAAACCUGCAGAUGAAAAGCCGGCGGAAGAAGAAAAGCUUGCAGAAGAGAAACCUAUAGAACAAGAGAAACCAGUAGAAAAAGAGCCAACUGAAGAACAAAAAAUUGCAGAAGAGAAGCCUACAGAAGAAGUUAAACCUGCAGAGGAAGAGAAACCCGCAGAAGAAGAAAAACCUGUCGAAGAGAAGCCCUUGGUAGAAGAGAUACCUGUAGAGGAAGAGAAACCAACAAAGGCCGUGACUGAUGUGGCACAACAAACGGAACUACCUUCAGUAGAAGAAAAAGAACCAGUAAUAUCUGAAAUUCCUGAGCACAUUCCAACUGAAGCUUCUGUUUCCGAGGAAGAACCUGAGAAGGAACCAGCUGUUCCCGAAGAACAAACCACUGCCGCUGUACUUGAAGAUAAGCCCACAAUUGGACCAAUUCUUACUGAGGAACAACAAUCAACUGAAGAACCUGCAGCUGUACCAGCUGAGUCGACCACACUUUCUACCAAGGAAGAGAAGCCAAUAGAAAUAGUCACGGUUCCUGAAGAACAACCAACAGAAUCAUCAGCACCCCAGGAAAUACCAACUGGCAGUCCUGUUGCACCUGAAUCCAGCUCUUCAAGUCCUGCAGAAGAACCAACAAAAUCAGCCACUCCAUCUGAAUCAGAGGACGGCUUGACUGUAAGUCCAGUUGCUGAAGAGAAACCAGAAGAAGAAAUACUCCCAACCAAAUCUGCUGGAGAAGCCGAAAGUGCACAACCAUCCGUAACCGAACAACCUCAAGAAAGAUUGACAACUUCACCAAUAAUUCCAGAAGAACCCUCACCAGCACAAAUACCACAGGAACCUGAAGAACCUACCAAGAUAUCAGACGUUCAAUCACCAGACCAAUCCCCAGCCCAAUCUCCAGAUCAAACAUCAGAUCAAUUCCCAGAGGAUGAUCUUGAGCAACACGUGAACGUACCCGACGUCCUUCCCGAGGAGCACGACGACACCGAAGGUCAACUAACCAUCGGACCAGAUGACAAGGAACCUUCGAAACCUAGUAGCGUGGAUCACUCAGCAGGUGUACUAGAACCUCAGGGUAUUCCAGAGUAUCCUGACCAGACGAUACCUACCGAAGAGAAUCCUCACUUCCCCGUCAAUAGUGGCACUUAUCUGAACCCAGAAGAGGAUUACGAUGAGGACGACCAGGCUGUCUACGGUCCAGGCACCUGUCGCUACGGCGGAAAGGUCUACGUCUCCGCACAGCAAAUUCCACGCGACGAUCCCUGCGACUUCUGCUUCUGCUUCCGCAGCGACAUCAUCUGUCUGCAACAGAGUUGCCCACCGCCGAUACCAGGCUGUCACGAGGAACCAAUAAACGGCUUCUGUUGUCCAAGAUACGAGUGUCCCGUUUCCAUGGCCACUUCACUGAACGUGACAACAACGACAACUACCACCACAACGACAUUGCCGCCACACUUCCUGUCGCACGCGUACAAAGGCGCUGCGAGACGAAGUGGCUGCCAGAUUCGCGGACAGGCCUACCACGUUGGCGAAGUCAUCAAGUCCGCUUCAGGACCAUGCCUCCAUUGCACUUGUGGCGGUGAUGGCAACAUGAAGUGUGAUCCCAGAGUAUGCAGCCCCGAGCCGAUGCUUAGGCAAAUGAUCGCAGCUGCUACAGCCAGAAGGAGGAGAUGAGCCCUCGGCCAAGAUUUAAGCGUCGGACUCAAAAUGGAUACCAAGAUUACGAGGAUUGUCAAGUGAGGAGAAUCUUGAAAAAGAAGACAGUGUUGUAUAAAAGUGAAUUAAAAUUAUUCUAAUGUCGCGUGACACAAGACAAUUAUGUGCUCGGCGAACGCGAACUGAGUGGCCAAAACGUAACGUUUAUAUAUGUAAGCAGAUAAACAAACGAAAAAAAUAAUAUUAAUAGUAAGGGCGCGUUUCUGGUGCCAAAAUGACGCAAAAAAAAACAUAAUAACGAUACCGAAAAGGUAAUAACGUACACAUACGAUAUACGAUCACGAGGAUGACAGUGGGAGGCAAUCAAUUUAGGACGUCCAUAAAUUUUUCAAAAUGACGAAUUGUCAAUGAAAAACUACGAAUAUGAUAUCGUUGCGUAUUUUAACGUUUAAUUAUUGUAGUCACCGUCUAUUGCAAGGCGCUGCGAGCGCUUUCGCGCGGUUACUCAAAUUAUUGGGAGCUUGAGGAACGAACGAGACUUAUUAACUGUGCCUUCGUCAGUAUCCGCUAGAUGGCGGUGCUUUCGCUUCCGAUAGUGAACAACAUCGACAACAGCUAAGAGAACAACGGGGGGAUAAAAGACAACAGACCGAUAGCCAUAUCAAAGUCGCCAACUUACAAGAAAGAGAUCACGUGAUCAGUCCGAUCACGGGGAUGAGAGAAAA